UUCAAAUCUAAGAUCUAUAUAAAACUAUAAAGACUCACCGACACAUAUAAUCUUAAUUUCCCAAUAUAGUACAAGAAGUUCACAUAUUCUGACAAUAUAUAAACAAGUCUGCCUCCGCUUCGGGCUGUACAUAAUUCCCCAAAAUUAUUAACACCGACAGAUAAUUUUAUUGGAUGAAAUGACAAUCAUCAUCGUCUGCUAACUUUUUACCAACUUCUUAAAUUCACUCCACUUUUCAGCUUUCAAUUUGUGCGAAUACAAUGAGAAAUACCAAUAUGUAUUAUCUAGUGGAGCAGCUCUCUUGUUUUGUACUACUUGUUCAUGUGGUUUUAGCUGCAAAUUAUGUUCCAACGGAUGUAAUAUUGUUAAAUUGUGGCGCAAAUGGUGAAACAAGUGAUCCCGAUGGUAGGAAAUGGAGUACGGAUAUUGGAUCAAAGUUUGCAUCAUCUGAAACGAAUUCAAUAGUUUCUGAUGCUACUAUUCAAAAACCAUCGAUUUCUGAAACUCCUUACAUGACUGCUCGGAUAUUCCCAUCUGAAUUCACUUAUAGUUUUCCAUUAACAUCUGGCCGAAAGUUUCUCCGCCUUUACUUCUACCCUGCAGAUUAUCCUAACCUUAAUGCUACCACAGGCGUUUUUUCUGUCAAAGCCGGACAGUAUACUCUUUUGAAAAACUUUAGUGCAUAUGAUACGAUUACUAAUCUCAACUAUGAUUUCAUUUCUAUAGAGUAUUCUAUAUAUGUUGAAUCUGGGACUUUGAAUGUGACAUUUACUCCUGCUAGAGACACUCCUAAUUCAUAUGCAUUUAUCAAUGGGAUUGAAGUUGUAUCUCACCCGGAUAUUUAUUCUUCCGUGAGAACUUCUAUGCUUGUUGGUACCUCAAGAACUUUUGACAUUGAUAACUCUACUGCACUUGAGAAUGUGUAUCGGUUAAAUGUUGCUGGACAUGCUAUUUCAGCUAAUGGGGAUACAGGGAUGUUUAGGAAAUGGGUGGGUGACGCUAGUUAUAUUUUUGGCGCUGCCGUUGGGGUUGCUGUCACUACUGAUCCAAAUAUUAUGAUUAGUUAUCCUCCAGGGAUGCCAGAUUAUGUUGCACCAGUUGAUGUGUAUAAAACUGCAAGAUCCAUGGGUCCAACUCCAGAAAUCAACCUUGGGUUUAAUCUUUCUUGGUAUUUUGACGUUGACACGGGGUUCUCAUACUUGGUUAGGCUUCAUUUUUGUGAAAUUGAUCCGGAUAUUACUAGACAUAACCAAAGGGUGUUUGAAAUUUUUAUUAACAAUCAAACUGCACAACCGGACGCAGAUGUCAUUGCUUGGGCAACCAAGAGUAAGGUUCCGGUUUAUAAAGAUUAUGUUGUAUUUCUUCCAUCCAAGAGUCCGAGACAAGAUCUGUGGCUUAAAUUGCAUCCCAACACUUUCAUGAAACCUCAUAGAUAUGAUGCAAUCUUAAACGGUGUUGAGAUAUUCAAAAUAAACUCUACUGGUGGAAAUCUUGCAGGAACACUUCCAAAUCCCAUUCAAAAACAAGAUAUCAUCGACCCAUCAAGAGUAUUACCACAUAAUUCAGACAAAAGAAAAGAAGCAAAACUUGAGCGACGGGACAUCUAAUUAGCUACCACUCUCAUUAUGCGACGCAUUGAACUUCAACACGCCACAUGUCAAAAAAUCGCAUCCUCAUGAAAGGGGCAACAUUUCAUGAGUAAGUGAUUUUAAGUGUAUCGGUAGUAUGUGUUAAAGUGAGUCUCGUAUGAAAGUGAUUGUGAACCGAUUGAAAUUCUGAGUGUUGUUGCAUCUAUUACAGAGCAAUCCGUUUCCCCAUAAUUUAUUCUCGGGUUUUUGUACAAGUGUUCGUGCCUUAUAUCAUACAGUACAAUCUUAAUUUUUUUUUAUUUCUUUAAAUUAGCCGAUUACACCCUUGCCCCUAA